AUGCUUUUGCAAAGUCUUUGUAUCCUUUGGUUGCUGCUCGUCGAGUCCUGGUGUUCGCUGCCAAAGAACUACAAGGUGCGAUUAGAAUCCUUCAAUUUUUUGGCGAAUUCCAAUUCUCCUGUUGCUACUACAAAUAUACGUUUAUUGGGCCGCGAACGAGCCUUAAAUGGCACCAUAACAAUCCUGGAAGAUUUGGAUAAUGAACAUUUUGACCUGUCGGCUGAUGCCUACAUUGAUCCAACUGGCGGUGGAGAUUAUAAGCAAAUACCAUUCACCAUCCCAAAGCUGCCCGUUUGUGAAAUAUUCAAAAAUUACAUCCAACGGUAUGGCGGAGCAACAUUAAAGUAUAAUGUGAACACCGAUUUUCCCUUUGAUGGAUCCAAAUGUCCCAUUCCAACGGGGACUUAUUACUUUAAGAAUGUUCUAAUCAAUACUGAUGGUUGGCCUCAAAUAAUGCCAAUUGGCAUUCUGAAAGGAGUUGGCUCAAUUUACAAGGACAACGAAAUAAUUGGAACUCUUAACACUAUAUUAAUUAUAGAAAGCAUUGGUCUUUGAUGUUGAGUUUUAAAUUAUUAUUAAAUUCAAGUAUUUUAUUGAUAUCCCAUCUUUCAGUCUGAUUGAACUUCGAUGCAAUGGUUUACUGAUAGAUAAGCCAAAUAAAGUCCUUAA